AUUUUCGAUCAUGUCCAACGAGCGGCAAAAGGGCGUCGUGGUGAGUAAGGCAAUCGCUUAUGGCUCCGUGGCGACGUAUCUGGGGCGCAAGUCGGAGGAAACAAAGACACAUCGAUGGCACAUCUACGUGCGGGGCAUCGAGAACGAAGAUCUGUCCUACAUGAUCAGCAAGGUGGUGAUUAGCCUGCACAGCAGCUUUGCAAAUCCCGUGCGAGUGCUGACGGAGCCACCGUACGAAGUGUCCGAGUAUGGAUGGGGCGAGUUUGAGACGCGGAUUCAAAUCCAUUUCCAAGACCCAGACGAGAAGCCCGUGGACAAAAUACACAUGCUGGUCUUGUAUCCACCUGGAAACCAAAUUGCGUCCACGAAGAAGCCAGUCGUGUCGGAGUUUUACGACGAGCUCGUGUUCAACGAGCCCACGGAAUUCAUGUACAAGAAGCUCAUGACAGGCCCUGAAAAGCAAGCCCCGCCGAACCCUUUGCAAGAACACUGGCCAGUCUACUCGGAAGCGCAUGACCUCAAGCUCCUCGCCGACGCCGACGCCUUCCUCACACGAGAACUGGCCACGGUCAAAGCUCUAUUUGUCGAAGCCGACGUUGAAGCGAAGGAACUCAAAGAGAAACUGCAGCAGGUGCAGUCGCAGCUCGUCCUGAAAAAGGCUAGCAGUAGCGUCAAGCCAGCAGGCCCUGGGUAUCCUUAAUCCAACGACAAAUAUAUUAAUAUAUAUAUAUCAGCAGGGCUAUACACGGAAGUUGCCAUGGCGACGACGUGAGCAUCCUGACGUGAACUUUGC